GGCAACCGCAGGAGGAAUGGAGAAAAUGGAGCAGACUACGAUGAAUACAGAUGAACUACGAUUAGAGCCUUAUUCCCCCACACGCUUAUGCCGAUAAUUCUCCAAUCUUUGCAUAUCCCUUGAGAUAUGCCUAGGUUAGUGUAGAUGUGCCGUGCAGACGGUGCCGCUUAGUGACGGCGGGCGGUCAGACAUUUCUCACCCGGAUUCUUUACGUCUCGAUCACGCGGUCUUGUUUACACUACCCUACCUACAUGCUUCUCUACAAGGGAGAUGGGAGGACUGUUGGCGAGCACGUUGGAAUGUGGUCAGCUUGCAUGGUUCGGCAUUGGUCACACAGCCUCGAGCAGGGACGGUAGAUACAGGGAAGUAAAACACUCUCGGGUCUGGACGCGGGACGGGGGAGUAGAUAAUGGAAUCUCGUCAGAUGAUGUCGUGGAAUGCCAAUAGCCCGCCCCAGACACCGUUACAAUAAGUAUCCCAGGCUUGCAGAUAUAUGAAGGCUGCGAUGUCCGCGUCGCAAUAUGGCGCUCUCGCACGCGACCCCUUAAUCAAAGCGACAUCUCGUCGGCCUCCCGCUCGGAGCACCCCGAGACCUCAGACUUUCCAAUGGUUACGAUCAAGGUCGCCAUCCUGUUGCUUUGCCAGCUAUUCUGCCUUGUAUUAGCUGUCGACCCUACCGUCAACUUAAUAUGCAACAGGUACACGGGCUACUCUACUCCGAACGGCAUCACACAAUGGCUUGGCAUUCGGUACGCCGCGCCGCCACUCGGUGAUCUUAGAUUCGCACCUCCGCAAGAUCCGCCAUGCAAUUUUACCGCCACCCAAGAAGCAACCCAGCACGGGCCACUCUGCCUAGCAGUUGGCUCAUCUCCACCAAGCAGUGGAACGUCGGAGGAUUGCUUGUUUCUUGAUGUGUACGCGCCAAGCAAUGCGACGCGGAACUCCAAGUUACCGGUUUUUGUUUUCAUACAGGGCGGAGGUUUUAGCGUCGAUAGUAAUCCGAAUCUCAACGGAUCGGGCUUGAUCGAAGCUAGCGACUACAACGUCGUCAUCGUUACCUUCAACUAUCGCGUGGGUCCGUAUGGCUUUAUCACCAACGGCAAUCAGAUCAAAGCCAAUAACGGGCUGCGCGAUCAACGGAAGGCUCUUCAAUGGGUUAAUCGGUAUAUCUCGGCGUUUGGCGGCGAUCCUGGCCGUGUCGUUCUAGGCGGAGAUUCUGCGGGCGCCGCUAGCAUAAGUCUUCAGAUGAUAGCUUAUGGAGGCAGAAACAGCGGAUUGUUCCAUGGGGCAGCCGCAGAAUCAGUAUCAUUUGCUCCGGUUCUUACCAUCGCGCAGAGCCAGUAUCAGUAUAACAAUUUCACGAUGCGUCUUGGCUGUAGUAAUAGCACCAAUUCUUUGGCUUGCUUGCGAAGCAAGACCUCCACGGAACUGCAGACGGCGAAUACAGUAUGGCCUUAUCCUGGCUUGAGCCAGGCACCACUGUAUAUGUGGAAUCCCGUUCUAGACAACGACUUUCUCACCGACUACACUUACAGUGCAUUCGCUAAAGGGAAUUUCGCUAAAAUUCCCGUGAUCUUCGGCGAUGACACUAAUGCUGGGACCGUUUUCACGCCGCAAGAUACAUCAACACUUGCCCAGAGCAACCAGUUCAUUCAAGACCAGUUCCCAAACAUAACACAGCAGCAACUGGAGAAGAUCGAUGAAAUGUACCCGAAUCCAAAUGAUACCUGCCCCAAUACUGGUUGCUACUGGCGGCAAGUCAGUAACGUCUAUGGCGACAUGCGCUACAUGUGUCCGACUCUGUAUAUAUCGUCGGCCAUGGCUAAUCACGGCGUCAGCAGCACAUACACCUACCGAUAUAAUGUCGAGGAUCCAGCAGAAAUAGCAGCGGGGUUAGGCGUGCCUCAUACUAUCGAGCUAGCAGCCAUAUGGGGCCCCCAGAAUACGAACGGGAGUCCGCCGAAGAGCUAUGUCUCUAACGGAACUAAUGCAGAAGUCGUUCCCGUGAUCCAAGCGUACUGGACCAGUUUCAUCCGCACGUUAGACCCGAACACGUUCAAGGUCCCGGAGUCGGCGACCUGGGAGAAAUGGGACUCGGGUGAAGAGAAUAGAUUAUUGUUUGAUACAGGAGGGAAGACGUCGAUGGAGAAUGUCGACGAGGACACGAAGACACAUUGCCAGUACUUUGCGAGUAUAGGCGUCGAUAUACAGCAAUAGAAUUAAGUAUAUA